AUCUGUUUGGUUCGUUGUUUGUGCGGUUAAGGAUCUCUCUCUCUCUUGUUUCUUCUCCUCUCUUUUUGCCAUGAUAAAAUCAUCUCUGUCACAAUUUAGCAAAGUGAGACAGAGAGAGUAUGGCGACCACACUUCAUUGUCUCUCCACACUCCAUCUUCUUCCUCGCACCACCCAUCGUCCUAAAACUCUCAACUCUCUCAAACCAGCCUCCAAGGCGCAACCUCCCAAGAUCCCAGAACUACCCUCCAUUCCCAACGCCCUCCAGCUCCUUAAAUCAUCUUCCCUCCCUCUCGCACUCACCGCAUUGCCCUUUCUCAUCGAUCCACAGGAUGCAGCAGCAGCUGGAGGACAGUUUGGGAUCCUGGAAGGACGAUCGUUCGCGUUGAUACACCCAAUAGUGAUGGGAGGUUUGUUCGUAUACACUCUAUACGCUGGUUACUUAGGUUGGCAAUGGAGACGUGUGCGUACCAUCCAAAGCGAGAUCAACGAGCUCAAGAAACAGGUUAAGCCAACUCCUGUUUCUCCCGAUGGAUCCACGGUCGUUGACUCUUCGUCGCCUCCUUCUGCCACGGAGCUUGAGAUCCGACGGUUGACGGAAGAGAGGAAAGAGUUGGUCAAAGGGUCUUACAGAGACAAACACUUUGACGCAGGCUCUGUUUUGUUAGGGUUUGGUGUUUUGGAGUCUGUGUUUGGUGGUCUUAACACUUAUCUUCGUACCGGUAAACUCUUCCCCGGUCCUCAUCUCUACGCUGGAGCAGGGAUAACGGUGCUAUGGGCUGCUGCAGCUGCUUUGGUGCCGGCCAUGCAGAAAGGGAAUGAGACGGCGAGGAAUCUACACAUUGCGUUGAACGGUCUCAAUGUUCUUCUUUUCAUUUGGCAAAUCCCAACAGGUUUUGAUAUCGUCCUUAAGGUCUUUGAGUUCACCAAAUGGCCUUAAACCCUUCACUUGUUGUGGUCUCUUCCGCUUUUGUUUUUGUCUUUUUCUUGUCUUUACAGUUCUAGUUGUUGGACUUGUAAUGAGUCUUGACUAUAUAUAUUGCAAAGUCUUAUGCAACUUUUUUUGUGUGUUUGUAAAUGCUGAAUUGUAAGAAUCGUGAGUGCAUACUGAUAUGAUAUAUGGCUCAACAACACUCUUAGACAUGUGUUUUCAGAGUUUUAA